AUGCUGCCUGCAGGGACUCUGCUACACAAGGGCUUUUAUGAUCUGCUCUCUAUGAUACCGACGCCCUCCCCGUCACGUCUGUUUUGGGGUACCGUACGAGCUCAAGCUCCACCUGCGGAGCCAACAGUGGUAGCUGGUCCUCGGUACGAAGACAUUCCCGUGAAACCAGGACAAAUAUUUCCACCGCUCUCCAAUACGCCUUUGCCCAAGAAGAAUAGACGAAUCAGCAAAGAUAUGGUAUCUAAGCCGACAGGAUUCAUUCAUCUAGUCCACGCGUCCGAUGCUGACCAGGCAGAAGCAUUGCUUACUCGUUGGGGUCCCGACGGCUUGGGAAAGCUUGGAGAUCCGCGAUGGGCUAAUCCCAUAAAGAAUCGGAUCCGUCAGGAUAAUCAAGCUAGAGCGAUUAAUGAAGUAGUUAACGCACUCAAACCAUCUCAAGGCAGUGCUCCAGAUGGUCGGCUUCCACCUCUCCGUGUGGUCAAUGGUAUGAGCACUACUACUUCGUCCACUAUCACGACAGCCGCUCGAGAGAAUGUUCGUAUAUCUCCAGUGGAUGGUCUCCCUGGACGCCCGGGAAACUCCACAAUCCGCUGGGGUGGUGGCCUCAUGGCCCAUCCUGAGGUCCGUGAACAUGAUGACCCGGUGACAGAGAGCAAAGAUACCCCCGAACCCCUGCCUUCAAGAAAGCCGAUCACCCCCUCCUUGGCUACUUUGGAGAAAGCUGUGUCCGCACGGAUCUACUUUGAGAACCUGUAUUUCCCACUUCUUCGGCAGCCUCCGUCUCGCGAACAAAGGAGAAUUGCUAUGGAGAAAGAUAUGAUCGAGAUGCAUCUUAGUGAGGAGCAGAAAGAAUAUCUACGUGUCCGAUGGCGACAGAAUGAAACUGAGUAUCUGCGCGAACGCCGACGUAAGGUAGAUGUCACCGCUUUCAUCAAAUUGAAGACGAUUGGUCACGGCGCUUUUGGAGUUGUUUCUCUCGUGAAAGAGCGAAGUACGGGGCAAUUAUUUGCCAUGAAGCAGUUACGGAAGACGGACAUGUUACGUAAAGGUCAAGAAGGCCAUGUUCGCGCCGAACGCGAUAUUUUGAAGUCUGCGUCCCUUGUUGCUUCGCCCAGUGGAGCAGAGUGGAUUGUAAAGCUCCAUUAUAGUUUUCAAGAUCGUGAUAAUCUCUAUCUGGUCCUUGAAUACAUGGGCGGAGGAGACCUCCUGAAUCUUCUCAUAGAACGAGAUGUUUUUGAAGAGGAUUUUGCUCGUUUCUAUAUUGCUGAGAUGGUUCUAGCCAUCGAAUCUUGCCACAAACAUGGAUUUAUUCACCGAGACAUCAAGCCUGACAACUUUCUGUUUGAUCCGGAAGGUCACAUCAGACUGAGCGAUUUUGGUCUCGCCACCGAUCUCCAUUGGGCGCAUGACACUUCCUAUUACGAACAGCAGCGGCGACAACUCCUGCACAAGCAUGGAAUAGACCUUGAGGAUGGUAACGGCAUGUCAGACGGAACAAGAACCAGACGCAUGGAUCGUAAGGAUGUCGAGUUGCUUAUGGGCGACGGCAACGGCCAAGGCGGUAUUUUCACCUGGCGAGAGAAGAAUCGUAGGAAGGUGCGUAUCCUUUCAAUCAUUCAUUUCCGCCUGCGUUUCACCAUUCAGUCUGGGCUUCCAGCUCGCGUAUUCGGUGUAAGUGAUAGCAACGUUUUGCGGGUUGAGAAAUGUACUUACGACUGCAUCCGCAGCUGUGGCACAAACUCCUACAUGUCUCCGGAGGUGAUUAGGGGCCAUGGCUACUCUUUCUCUUGUGACUGGUGGAGCUUGGGCGUCAUCAUGUUCGAAUGCCUGUACGGGUACCCGCCGUUCGUCAGUAACUCGCGCCAUGUUACUCGACAGAAGAUUCUCAAUUGGAAACAAUCCCUGAAAUUUCCUUCUCGCCCUCGUGUGUCACACGAAGGAGUGAAUUUGAUGCAACAGCUUCUGUGUGAGCCUGAAGACCGUCUUGGCACACAAGCAUCGGCAUCAGUUUUCAGGCCGGACUCGCUCGCCGUUCAUGGCAGGCGUAGUGUUUUUAUGGUCCCUGUGGCCACAGCAUCUGGGUCUUUGGAUGGUGCUGAAUUAAUCAAAUCUCAUCCAUGGUUCCGUGGUGUCGAUUGGCAAAAUAUCCACCGCUAUCCUGCACCCUUUCGCCCUGACUUGCACAACCCAGAAGACACCCGGCAUUUUGAUUCUGACAUUCCCCCUGAGCCAUUGGCCCCUGCUAAUGGAGCGCCUGCUGAUGCCACUAAAGAUCCUCUUCUUCGGGACAAGGUUCACGGCGAGGAAAUUCUCAACAUGCGGAAAGCUUUAGCUUUUGCGGGCUUCACGCAUAAGAGUCCUCGCGCCAUCAGCUAUGUCCGGGCUGACAAGGCCUUCGAUCCACAGCCCGAUACCUACGGACAAGAACAGCCUGAGCGAGGUCGAUCGAAGUUUCGCAGCAUACGCCAGGUUGGCACAGGUCGGGCGAUCUCAAUGUAGCAUGUCUGUGUGCUGGAGCUCGAUGAUAUUAUCACCUAUAUGUGCGGCGUUGGUUUGUUUGUUUGCAUAAGUGGCCCGCUUUUACCAUCUUAACUCUAGGACUGCCACGAUGUACGUUGUUUCAGAAAUAUUUAUUGCCAGUGCGUGUAUUGUUGCUGUAUGUGUACAAAGAUAAUUGAAUGUAAUCCAUGUCUUGUGUUGAGGAUUCU